UUUUCUAGACUCGUUUCUGAUUGGGUGGUAUGACGCAAUGCGCGUGCCCCAGUAGAUGCUAAACUGCUGGCUGGUCUGGUCUCUUCCUCUCCGUGCUCCUGCACUUAAACUGAAUCCCUGGAGGAGUCUUCCAGGCUUGGGCGUCUGCUGUGGUGCGGUUGUUGGGCCUCUUGGGCCUCACCUGUGGACUGGAGACUCAGGCCUCACUCACUUCGGGCCCUCAAUUAACAGCAGAACCAUCAACAAAUGUUUGUUGGAUAAGGACAAAUAAAGAAGUUGGAAGGGAGCGAAGCCUUUUUGACUUGUUUCAGUUGUUCCCGCCUACCCGAUCUUCUUCCAGGUCAGGGGGUGUGUUGCCUCAGAGAAAAAAGGAAACGAAUUUUGCGGGCGGUCACACACUUCGAACGUUUAGUCGGGCCUUUGAAUCUUCCUAGAGUCUAUAUUCAUGCCGGGAUCUUCUAAUGGAACUCAUUUGUUCCAACAGUCAUGGAGAAGCGCCUUCAGGAGGCUCAGCUAUACAAGGAAGAAGGAAACCAGCGCUACCGGGAAGGGAAGUACCGAGAUGCUGUGAGUAGGUACCACCGAGCUCUUCUUCAGUUGCGGGGGCUGGACCCAAGUCUGCCUUCUCCUAUACCCAAUCUUGGACCUCAGGGCCCAGCUCUCACACCGGAGCAAGAAAACAUACUGCACACCAUCCAGACCGACUGCUACAACAACUUAGCAGCCUGUCUCCUCCAGAUGGAGCCAGUGAACUACGAACGAGUGAGGGAAUACAGCCAGAAAGUCCUAGAACGACAACCUGAUAAUGCCAAGGCCUUGUAUCGGGCUGGAGUAGCCUUCUUCCACCUGCAAGACUAUGACCAGGCUCGACACUACCUGCUGGCUGCUGUCAAUAGGCAACCUAAAGAUGCCAAUGUCCGGCGGUACCUCCAGUUGACACAGUCAGAACUCAGCAGCUACCAUAGGAAAGAGAAACAGCUGUACCUGGGCAUGUUUGGUUAAUGAAGAAAAACGAUGCUUCUCGACUUGAACUCAAGUGGACAAGGAGAGACCCAUUAAGGGAAAUGUGAGCCUCAGCAAGAGAAAUUCACCCUUCACCUCUGACCCAGGUGGAUUUCCAUUUUGUUUCCUCUUCUGCACAAGCUCUUUGCUGCUUAGACCAUCUGCAUCGUUUGUCGUCUUUCCCCUGGUAUAUCUGUAUGACUUACGAUCCAUAGACUAGAGAGCAUUCAUGGACUGUGGGCGGGAUCAACUAUAUUUGUGGCAUAGAUUUAAUGAGAUGUUUUCAGAUACAGAGGAGAGGACCAGUGAAGGAUGAGACAGUAAGGAUAGGCAGAAAGGAGUCUUCUGCUGUUUCCCCAGAUGCCUUUGUUUUUCCUAGUGGGAUGGAUAUAUAUAUAUACAUAUAUAUAUACGAUAAUUAUAAAUUGAGCCCAAGUAUAUUUACAUUAAAGAUUUGAAAUUAAUCAUUUUAGGACUAAGGCUAUAGCUCAGUAGUAGACUGGUUGCCUAGCAUGUAUAAGGAAGGCCCUGGGUUUGAUUCCCCAGUGCUGCAAAACUAACCAACUAAAUAACAAGAGAAGAAUCAAACUUUGUUAUUUAAGUUAAUUUCUUAUACUCCUUUAAUAUUUCAGACACAUUCAGAUUCCUUUCCCCAUAAAAGUAUCUUCUUUCUAGGCAGAAAUGAUGGUACAUGCCUGUAGUUCCAGCACUUAGGAGUCUAAACCAGGACAAUCACAAAUUCAAGGCCAGCCAGAUCUUGUCUCAAAACUAAAGGGCUGGAGAUCCAGCUCUGUGGCAAAACCCUGGGUUUAAUUCCCCUUUCGGUUUUUCGGUUUGCUUUGUUCCCUCCUGAUAAUUUCUAGUCCUUGCUAUUGCUUGUACUCAGAUCAUUGACGCAGUAUAACUUAUUUGUUAAUGUAUUCUUUUCUUAAAACUUCUGGAAUGCCUGGGAUAUAUGAAACUCUGUUUUUA